UCCACGUUCACUACACUAGGAGGGAACAUGCGGCACUUGCUGGUGGCAGUGGCACUGCUGGGGACAGCUGUAACGGCAUCGAUCCUCGUCAGCAGUGAAACCCAGAAACUGUUGCUGCAGAUGAAGGAGGAGGAGGAGAGGGAAAACCAACAACAGCGGGAAAAAGAAGAAGGCAACAUCUGGGCAGUGUUAGUGGCUGGCUCCAGCGGCUGGUACAACUACCGUCACCAGGCGGACAUGUGUCAUGCCUACCAGAUCCUGCACCAGCACGGUGUUCCUGACGACCACAUCAUCGUUAUGAUGUACGACGACAUCGCUAACAACUUUCAGAACCCAACCCCGGGUGUGAUCAUCAACCGUCCAGAUGGACCCAAUGUGUACGAUGGCGUCCCCAAGGACUACACUGGCAGGGACGUCACUCCAGGAAACUUCCUGAAGGUACUUAGAGGUGAUGCUGAGGGCUUGAGGGGUGUGGGCUCUGGCAGGGUUCUGAAGAGUGGUCCCAACGACCGUGUCUUCAUCAACAUGGUGGACCACGGUGCCCCUGGUAUCUUCGCCUUCCCUAGCGACUACCUUCAAGCUAGAGACCUGGUCGACACUCUCUUAUCUAUGCAUCGGGCCCACACGUACAGCCAGAUGGUGAUAUACGUGGAGUCAUGUGAGUCUGGCUCCCUCUUCCAGAAGCUCCUUCCUGACGACAUAGAAGUGUACGCCCUGAGUGCGUCAGGACCUAAUGAACCCUCUUAUGCUUGCUACGAAGACAGCACACGCCAUACCUUCCUGGGUGACGUUUUCAGCGUCAAAUGGAUGGAGGACACCGACGUUGAAAACCUCAACAAGGAGACGCUGAUGGCUCAGUUCAACCUAGUACACGACGAAGUGGAGACCUCCACAGUGAUGCACUGGGGGGAUCUACAGCUGGCCUCACAGACACUCUCAAACUUCCUGGGAUAUAAGGACCCCCACGGAUCCAUCGGUUACAACCUUAGCGCUAUCAACGAAAUCGACUUGAGCUACUCAACCUCUUUGCAAUUUUCCGAUCCUUGGUUGAAAUCCUCUGUGGUGAGCUACGACGUCCCUGUGGCUGUCCUCAAGUCUCGCAUACGUGCGGCCGUCGACCCUCUGGAGGAGCAGGACUGGAAGGUCACUCUCGAGUCUCUUCUUCUGAACCGAGUUCAUGUGAGGUCUGUGAUGCAGCGCCUGGUGAGGGAAGUGACUGGCAAUGACCAGGUAAUGACUACAAUGAUCACAGCUAAGGAUCACAAUCACGAUAUCUCCCGCUGGGACUGCUACCAAGACUCCGUCAGGACCUUCCACACCCAGUGCUUUGAUUUGGCCCAGAAUACAUAUGCUCUAAGAGUCCUGAGCAUCAUCGUUAACUUGUGUGAGCACGGCUACACUCACCAGCAGUUCCUGGAGGCUGCCAGAUCUGUGUGUUCUCACGGCCCCUACACAGGCAUCAUCUGAGUUUCCCUGCUGGGGACCAACACCGUCGCCAGGGGACUCAGCACCCCAGUGGAGACCAACGCCCUUGAGGGAAGGAAACUUUCCUACAGGAGUCCCAAGACCCCCCUCUGAGGUGGACCCAACAUUCCUGUGGGAGGAGGAAGAAGCUCCACACCCUGGCUGGGAGACUUUUACCUUCAUGUUGUUGUGAAUGUGGUAGUUAAUCAGCUUUACAUCGUCCUGGUCAUAUUGUAAAUUGAUAUACUUGACAAAGUAACUUGUAUUUAGCCACUUUAUUACAGUCAUAGAGAGUUGAAAAAAUCCACAGAAUUAAAAAAAACUUAAACACAAAUUC